AUGUUAGAUGAUGUUCAUCAAGAAAUGUUGAUGGAAUCUUGUUUUGGACAACUAUAUCGAAUGAAGCGCAUACCUUUUUCAGCACAGCUAAUCCACCAACUUGUAUUGAGAAUGAUUAUAACCAAAAAACAAAAUGAGAUCUGGUUUUCAAUUGGAGGUAAGCCAACACGAUUUUCAUUAUACGAGUUCUCAUUGAUAACGGGGUUGAGAGCUUGUGAGGAGUCUUCGUUGGAGCCCCAUAUUGUGACUAAUGAUAGAUUGGUGAAGAAACACUUUAAAAAGUGUAAGAAAGGCAUAACGGUGCACAAUUUGAAGGAAGCUAUUGAAAGUCGCAAAGUGCGUAUGGAAGACAAGUACAAGAUUGGGCUUGUAUAUAUUUUGGAAACGGUACUACUGCCCAAAGAAAGCUACACAUACAUAAAUGUAGAACACUUGUCAAUAGUUGAUGACCUAGAUGCUUUUAAUAGUUAUCCUUGGGGGAGAAAGGCGUUUGCCCGCACAAUUGAUGUAUUCACGAGAGACUGGAAAUCGUUGGUGAAGUCAUACUUGAUAAAUAAUGAGAAAUAUCCAUAUUCAAUUUAUGGAUUUCCACUUGCCUUGCAGAUUUGGGCCUAUGAAGCCAUACCAUCUAUUGGACGGAGAUAUGGUGAGAAUCUACAGGAGGCUGACCUCCCCAGAAUAUGUCGAUGGAAUUCUUUUGAAAUGCAUAACUACAAGGAUAUUGGUGCAAGUAUGGACGAACCAAAUAUUGUUGUUCAUUGCACACUGAAGCCUACGUCGGAAGAGGCUUCCAAAGCAUAUUGGACAGAGAUUCAUCGAUUCGAGGAUGAAGUAGAGGAUCCGACAGUUGAUAUCUUUGUGGAUAAGGAGAAUGUAGCAAAUUCGUCCAUUCGUGUUGAUCUUCCUCAGCAAACUUGCCACUCUCCUAAUGCCUCUACAUCUCCUCGGGAGCCAUCUUCUUUUCAUAGGCCACUUACGUCUACAGAUGCUUAUACAUUUCAUCCGGGACCAUCUACAUCAUAUCCAUCUCUGUAUCCAUCUAGAGAUGAGUUCACUCAGGAAUUGAGAAUGCAAUUACUACAGAUGGUAGAGAUUUUAGGGAGGAAAAAUGAAGGGCGGAUAGAUGAGAUGCGAUCUUACAUAGGCCAAAGGUUUGAUUGUGUUACAUCCUUUUGUAGACAAAUUGAUGAGAAGAUAUCAUCUGUUGUGGAGUGGAUGAAGAAUUCUAACCCGUCAACAACACCUUACACAUAUCACUCUCCUCUUCGUAGUGGAUUUAUGAAUACUGGAGAAGCAUGUGAUGUAAAUGAGGAUCCACUUGUACAUGUAGAAGUUCAAAAUGAUGAGAACCAAGAUGACAAUGAGGAGAGAGAAGUGGAAGAUUAUGUGUUGGCGAAUGAACCAGUUAUUGUAAAAGAAGCAAUGUUGCCCGCAUAUGGCAAUGAACAAAAACAAGCAGAUGAUAUGAAUAACUGUCCAAAUCCCAUUGAAGUGGAAAAUGAGCAAAGGCAAGCAACAGAUUUGCCGAAUGAUGAUGAAACUCGUGUGGAAGAGAGAGAUACCUGUGUACCGAUGGAUUCUAUAGCACAUGGUGAUGUAAUGGAGUCCAUCCCUAUAGUGGUGGAAGAUGAGUCUGAUAAGUCUAGUCAGAUUGGGCGCGGGAUGAGAAUCAAGAAAAGGUCACUUGUUCUUAAAUCUCCGUUCACAAAUCCGGAGAAGAGGAGGAAGCUUCGCAAUGUAAACGCAUUUGACCCAUUUCGAGAGCUAGAUUAG